CUGUUGGUUUUUCUCUUUGGUUUUGCCUACAGCCGCCCGAGUGCAAGUAUGUAUUAUCGUUAAUAGAUUUUUACUCUUUUAGGUAAUGUUUUCCCUUUGUUAAAUCAUUGGACCUAUUGGCUAUUGAUAUGGAACAUUCUCUGUUUUUGUUGUUUAGAAUCAAAAUUAUUUCGAUUAACUGUUAGUUGUCAAAGUAAAGUUUCGUUAAUGUUCCAUAAUGUCCUCAUAAUUCCCCGAGCCGACGGCGUGAAGCGCCGUGCGAGGGUACUAAUUCCCCCUGGCUAUAUACACCCGAGUCUAAAGUUCAUCAAUUAUCGCGGGCGUGGGUCACCAACGGUGUUCGAGUGUUGGGUGUGUGGUCAUCCUCACUGAUCUCAAAAAUAUGGCGGACUGUCAUGAAUAGCGGACACUGAUUGGUCCAAUUUAAAGUUUGCAUUAUAACGACUGCAUGACGACAGCGAAAUAGCAAACAUUUCUUCAUUAAUUUUUUUGAUUUGAUGAUUGUAUUUAUUGAUAAAUUCCUUGCAAAUAUAUUUCAUUUUUGCUCGCAUUUUGGCAAGAUUUUGUAAAUUUCAAAAGGUUUCUCAGAAAGAAAGGGCGAAAGAAUCGGCUAAAAGAAUUGGAGCCGACGUUAACGAAGGUAAGUUUGUUUUAAAUAUUGAUUUUAUGAAUUUUUUAAAUAAAAAAGAAAACAAAGUCAUUUCCGAGCGAGAAUUUGAAAUCAUUUUAUUGCAAGCUCAAAGUUUAUCGAUAAAGCCAUUUAAUUAAAGGCAGUUUGGUUUUAUAAAGAAGCGUUUGUGGUUGAAUUUUACUUAUAUUACGUAUAAUAACAUACCUAACAUAUAUAUGUUGGGAAAUUGAUAAUUUUGUAUUUAAAAGUGAUAUUUUUAGGCGAUUUUUCAAUUUUCAUUUGUAAGAAUAUUCUUAAAAAUUAUCGUGUUACCAUGACAACUACUUUAGAUACUUCAUGUUCGGAAAAUACAAUGGUUUUGUCAGCAAGGCGAGGGUUUCUGCAUGCAUAUGUAUUUUCUAGUUAGGAAGUAGAGUAAAGUAAGUAUUUACACAAUCGUUUCCUGUUUUUGAGUAUUGACAGGCUAUAAAUAUGGAUUUGUAAUGCAUCUAAUGCUUCUACGUAUACAGUUGCAACAGUUUUGAAAGGUCAAAGUAUAAGUAAUUAACGAACAGAGCCUUUUUUGCAGGGAGUAGGGACCGGAGGGGGACAGGGAGCACGCCCUCCCCCCAAUUUUUUCAAAGAGACAAAAGUGCACCUUUUGUUAUGAGAAGUGCAAUUUUUGUGGAAGGCAAUGUCGGUAUUAUGAAUAAUCACCUACGUAUUUAAAAAGUUUGGGCUGCACAAACUUUUUUUAGGUUGUCAAAAUAAUUGAAUAUACUAAGAAAAAUCAUGUUUUGGAAUAAAAUUGGGGGUCACCGAUGUCGUUUACGAGUUAAAUUACUUUAAAGCCAAAAUAUCCGCCAUCUUGAAACGUCAUUGUUGCCAUAACAACGGCAGUGCGUCACUUUUGUGCAAAAAUUCAAACUCUUUAGAUCUUGUUUUAUAUAAGUUUGUAUAUCAACAAGUAAUAAUUGCCCAAAAAUACGCAUCUAAAUCGGGAAUUUUCCAUUUUUUUAAAAACUGUAUUGAUCGAGCCCCCUUAAUGCUCCCUAUACGCCCCGGCUUUUUGGAGCAGCGUUAGCAGGUAAGUUAUGUUGCUGAUUCGUUCCCACAAUUGUCAAUCAUCUCCGCAAAUCUUGCGUUAGGGGCUUAGGGCUGCCAAUACGAAACGCACAAACAGAGCUGGUUGAUCGGGUCUCAAGAAUCAUUUUGCAAUUUGCGUCUCUAUAACAAGAAAUGUGGAAUUCAAUUUAAUUUAUUCCCUAGAUAAUGAAAUGUACUUUGAGGCGGAGGGGACUGCAUUAGGAGAUGGAAAAAAGUGCAUAGAAAUGAUGGACUUUUGUAAAACAGAUGAUGACAAAUGCUGUAACGACAACCUUCGUUGUUUGCCUUACGGGGGUGA